CAGAAAACACAGAGAAAGGAAAGAAGUAAACAGAGAGAGAGAGAGAAAGAGAGAGAGAGGGAGGGAGGGGCUAUUGCAAUGAAAGCUAUGGCGACAGUUCAUCUCUUUCCCUCUCACUAUCACUCUCACUUUCUGUGUACUUCGAACUAUCCUCUCCUUCCUUAUCCUUAUCUCUACAGAAAGCGGGCUGGGGCGGCUAGGGUUAGUUCGGAUGAGAGGAAAUGCAGAGUAGUUGGGAAAAUUGUGCUGUGUUCGUGCGCGCCUUUGGACCCCAAUUUGGAAAACGGGCGUUUCUCCAGAAGGGAUUUGAUGAAGUUCUUCGGAUUCUCUUCUUCACUUGCUAUAAUCUUUCCACCUUCAGGGCUUAGUUCGACUAAAGAAGUAGAAAUGGCUUCGCUUAUUGAUGAUAUAAAUGCAUACUCUUACCUAUACCCAACAGAGUUGCCAUCUAAAAAGUUUGUCUUCAAAUGGGUGGAAUCUAGAAAACCAGAGCGUUAUUCAUCAGCUGCACCACUCGCUCCUGAUGCACGGCUACGAAUUGUGUCUGAGCGUGUGGAUAUUAUUGAUAACCUUGUUAUUUCUAUCUCGAUAGGUCCCCCCAAUGCACAGUUCUUGAAGUCUAAGGACAAGAGUACAUGGAAUGCUAAAGAUGUUGCUGAUUCUGUUUUAUCUGACAAAGCUGCUUUGAGAAUCACCUCAAGUCAACGAAUGGCUGAGAGUUCCAUCCUUGAUGCACAUUCUUCUGUAAUUGACGGAGAACCAUACUGGUAUUAUGAAUACCUCGUUCGCAAAUCGCCUACCCAAUCUGCUCAAGAAUCAAAUAUAUUCCGGCACUACAUUUCUUCAACUGCUGAACGAGAUGGUUACUUAUACUCUUUGAGUGCUUCGACACUAGGCAAGCAGUGGAAUCUGAUGGGGCCAUUCUUGGAGAAAACUGCAGCCUCUUUUCGCCUUCUCCCACCCACAGAAAACUAUGUUCCUCCAUACAAGGACCCCUGGAGAUUUUGGUGACCUGACGGAUAAAUAUAUAUAGCUUGUGUUGUAUUCAGAAAUUUUGGGGCAGCCAAUAUGUAAUAAUUGCAUUUUUGCUGAUAGAAACUCGAGCAUCCUUCCUUCCAUUUGAAGGUCGCCAUACAACAAACUGAUAACUCCCACUUCUGGAACAAAAUGAAGGUAGAACAAAUUAAAGCUCAA